CCUUCCUUUUUUCUCUCUUUCUUUUUAUUCUAUCCUAUCAUUUCAUUACCAUUUCUCUUAGUUUUUCUUGAACGCAUGAGCUUCUAAUCUUCACUCUUCAACAAUGGCGGCGUCUUCUUCAAUCCAAGCAGAUAGUGUUGAGAGGGAUCUUGAGAAUGGAGUGGUGAGUCCCAAGCAGUUUCAAUAUCAACUCAUGGAACCGUCACCAACACCUUCGCCAUCAGCAACGGCAACUGCGCCGGCUCUGGUUCUAUCGAAUUCUGGCAAACGGAUUGAUCAGGCUGGUAAAAAGAAGUAUGUGAAGCAAGUGACUGGGCGCCAUAACGACACUGGACUGCACUUGGCAGCGCAGCAGGGUGAUCUAGUAGAUGUGAAGCGGAUUCUUGAGGACAUCCGUUUGCAGAUGGUUGGGACUUCGAGUGGGGCGGAAGUUGAUGAGGAGGUUGCGGAGAUUAGGGCUUCAGUUGUGAAUGAGGUGAAUGAGUUGGGGGAGACAGCCUUGUUUACGGCAGCGGAGAAGGGGCAUCUUGAUGUCGUGAAUGAGUUGUUGAUGUACUCAAAUAAGGAAACACUUUCAAAGAAGAAUAGGUCUGGGUAUGAUCCCUUGCAUAUUGCAGCGCUUAGGGGACAUCAUGCUAUUGUGCAAGUUCUGCUAGAUCAUGACCCUACCCUAAGCAACACUUGUGGCCCAUCAAAUGCAACCCCUCUUAUAUCAGCUGCUACCAAAGGACAUACAGCUGUAGUCAAUGAGCUGCUGUCAAAAGAUGGUAACUUGUUAGAGAUUUCUAGAUCCAAUGGGAAAAAUGCGUUGCACCUAGCUGCUCGGCAGGGGCAUCUAGAUAUUGUAGAAGCAUUGCUUGAAAAAGAUCCACAAUUGGCAAGGAGGAAAGAUAAGAAAGGACAGACUGCUUUGCACAUGGCUGUAAAGGGGCAGAGUUGUGACGUAGUUAGAUUGCUUCUAGAUGCAGAUGCUGCUAUUGUAAUGCUUCCAGACAAGUCUGGUAACACAGCAUUACAUGUAGCCACGAGGAAAAAGAGAGUGGAGAUAGUGAAUCAGUUGCUGUCACUCCCUGACACCAAUGUUAAUGCACUAACCAGAGACCAUAAAACGGCUCUUGACAUAGCUGAGAACCUUCCUCCAUCUUCUGAAUCCUCUGAUUUAAUUGGAUGCCUUCUUCGCUGUGGUGCUCUCAGAGCUAAUGACCUGAACCAACCAAGGGACGAGUUGAGGAACACUGUACCCCAAAUUAAGAAAGAUGUUCAUACCCAGCUUGAACAAACUAAAAGAACCAAUAAAAAUGUCCAUAAUAUCUCUAAGGAGCUCAGAAAACUCCAUCGAGAAGGAAUAAACAAUGCCACUAAUUCAGUGACAGUGGUGGCUGUUCUAUUCGCAACUGUUGCUUUUGCAGCUAUUUUUACCGUGCCUGGUGGGGAUGGUGAUAAUGGAGUGGCAGUAGUUGCGCGUAGUGCUUCUUUCAAAAUAUUUUUCAUCUUCAAUGCCAUUGCACUCUUUACAUCUUUGGCAGUUGUGGUUGUUCAAAUCACAUUGGUUAGGGGUGAGACAAAAGCAGAGAGACGAGUGGUGGAAGUGAUCAACAAGUUGAUGUGGUUGGCAUCUGUGUGUACUUCAGUGGCAUUUAUGGCCUCAUCUUAUAUAGUGGUUGGUCGACAUCAUGAAUGGGCUGCAAUUUUGGUUACUGUUGUAGGGGGAGUUAUCAUGGCUGGGGUUCUUGGCACUAUGACUUAUUAUGUGGUGAGGUCCAAGAGGAGUCGAUCAAUGAGGAGGAAAGGAAAGCUUGCAAGGAGGAGCGGUUCGACCUCUUGGCAUCAAUCUGACUUCUCUAACUCUGAAGUUGAAGUUGAUAAGAUAUAUGCGCUUUAAUUUGAUGUGUGAAUCUGUAGCUUUUGAAAAUCUGUAGGAAUGUAGAGAUAAAUAGUGGAUUUUGAACAAUUUCAAAAAUUUGUCUGGAUAUGCCAAACUUUGGGGUCUAAUUAAGAAAAGUAUGAAAUUGCUACCUCAAGGAAUGCUUAAGGUGAAAGGAGUUAGUAGCGAUGGUGUACUUAUUAGCAGUUCUUCAGUGGCAAAGACAGGCCCUGGAGGUGUUAUGGGUUUCUCACCAUUCAGAUGCUUAAUUAAGGCCGCAAUAAGCGGUAUCUGCUCUCACCUAUAGAGCUUAGCCUUGAAAUGUAGGAUAAAAAUCCUGUUGCUGGUACUCUAAAUAUAAGCACCAAUGAUUGGCUGUUGUACUAUAAUUUUGAUUCUUACUCAUAAUUAUUAUAUUAUUAUUGCCUUUAUGGAACGCCUUAACAACCUGUCUGC